AUCCCUUUGACCUAAAUUGAUUUCACCAUAUCGCUGCUGCUAAGCAAAACAAUGAAAUUUGUGCCUCUCUGAGCUCGCUGUCUGCAUCACUUGCAGGAAGAAGCAUGACAUCCAAAAGUUUCUAAAAGUUGAAAGCCAGAUGUAGAAACCAAAAUAACUUAGAAAGCAAAUAUGCCCACUGGAAGGAGCAGUGCCUCUGCUUUGCUCCAGAAAGUGAACAGUCAACUCCGGGGUGAACGUGUGCCCUUAAAGACUAAAGAAGAGGAUGAACUUGCCGGUUACCUCAACAGCUUGACACAAAAGACCCAACACGUUCCUAGUGCAAAUUUUGAAGACUUUGGGGAUAUCUCCAUCUCGAGCGGGAAAGAUGGCAUGCAAGCAAUCACACCACGUGGUCGGCGCUCUGCCAGCCCGGCCCCAGCCCCGGCCUCCAGCAAGUUCUUGAAGAAGAAGACUCCACAAGGGGCAGCAGGCCCUGCCGCUUCAGUGACUGGCCCAAAGGCAGCGAGAGUUGUGGACGAUGAUGAGGAUGAAGAUGAUCGUGAUUACAGAGGAGGGCAGAUUGUGAUUGCUGGCAAGAAGAAAGCUGAAGCAUCCCCUUCCAGACCGGAGAAGUCUUCUGCAUUGAACAAAGCCAAUGCUCUGACAAAUAAGAUCCAGGGUCGCAGGGCGGAUGGAUUUCCUUUACGUCGUCAUGUCUCUCGGGAUAGCGACUCAGAGAGCGAAAUUGGCAGGAGGCCUGGUUCAGCAGACACCAGCAUUGGGAGGGACGGGCGAAAAUUUCUCAAAGGGCGCAAGACUUUGGACGAGGAGGUACCGGAACGGGGAACUCCAAGCCCUCAGCUGGUGCAGAGAAGCUCUUCAGCAGACCAGAAGAAAAAGACUCACAGGCGAAGUAGCAAAGCUAGAGGGGAGAUAGUUCGGACCUUGGGAAAUGUAUACCUCACUUCAGAAGAGGAGAGCCUGGCAGAAUUCAUCCAUGGCCUAUCUGCCUCAGAGUCAUCUGCCAGAAGACCUCAGAAUCUGGUAGCAAAGAAGCAGCAAAAAUGGCGAAAGAAAGCAGCGUCGCCUGGACCCCGACAGACACCUUCACCUGUUCAAAGAUCAAGGUCACCAUCUCCCUUCAAAAGGAGUCCGUCACCAUUUGGAAAACUGUCACGGUCACAGUCACAAGACUCGGAUUUGUUGGACUCCAUGGCCAGUGAGAUGAUGGAAGGCCCACAGCGUCACCGACACGAUUCUGCCAGCUCUGAUGAUCCGCUCAACAUCAAUCUGAUGGAUGUGGCAAGCCUCAUCCCCGUCUCCCCUCGCAACAAAAAGGUCAAAGGGAAACAAUCCCACCAUGGCAAAGGCCAGAAGCAGAGUGGGGCUCUAGCCUCCAGCUCCGGCUCGGUGUUCAAGGCCUCGUCAGAUAAUUUGUCCAAGGCCGGCAAGAACAACAAGAAGGAGGCAAAGAAGAAACCGCUGAAAAAGUCUGACAGCAAGUCUAGCGUGUUUGAGAGUCUGGGCAUUCAUAUGGUGGACGAGUUGCUCGGUGCAGACGGGGGAAAGGACCAAGCAGGCGAGUACGACCUCUCUGACCAAUCGGAGAUUGUGACAGAGAAAUCAGACGAUCGCCUGAAGUCUGUGAAGAACUACGACUCGGAGUCUGAGAUAAUUACGGAGCUUGGUGCAGGGUCAAGGCCGGCGCCUGUGAGACAUCUCAGCACAGAAAGAAGUAUAAGUACACAGCUUGAACGGAGCGGUGUUGCCAGAAAAACUAACCGUAGGGCUGUGUCUGACGAGGAGACUGAAACAGGAGGGGACUACUCUGACGAUUCAUUUGAGUCGGAUUCAAGAACAGUCACCCAGUCACAGUCCGUUUCUGCAAGGUCAAAAGGUGGCAGGAAGAAGUCUCGCAGACGUCCAGCCUCUCGCAGCGAGUCCUAUAGCCAUGAGAGCCCUCGACGUCACAAAAUCGUCAUGGAGCAGAGAGAGGUACAAGUGACUGCCGGCGACCCGCUGGCAGGAGUAGCCCACCGCUGGGAUGCCCGCCAAGUGGGUGUGUCGGUGUCGGGCCCGUAUGGGCUUCAGUAUGUGGACCCAGCUCCCAUAGCCACACAUGUGGUCAGUGCAGAUGCUCUUGAAGCCAUGACAGCCUACAGUCCCAGUGUUCUUGCCCUGCAUGAAAUGAUGAAGGCUCAGGUGGAGCUAGUGAGGAACUUUGCUGAUAUCCAGCGCGGCAUCUACCACUCUUGCCUGGACGGCAUCAAGGAAGACUUCAAGUACACCACCCUGGAGGACACCAAAGAGUACAUCAAGCAGAACCGCAAGCCCAGAAUGACCUUCAAAGAAGCUUUGGAACUUGUGGAGCAGGAGGAAGGAGUCCGCUCCUGAGAGUGAUGCGCUGUGACCCAAGCUCUUUGUCAACCUUCUCUGCUGGGAUUUAUGUGCAGAACCUGAUGCCAAAAACAACUUAAUGCUUUAGAUGUAUCCACGUUUACAGUCUCAAAGCGUGCAAGUGUAAAAUUACUACUUCCAAGGAAAGCAGUGUGCGAGAGUCAAAUAUAAUAUAAUAAUAUACACUUUUUUCCCCCGAUACCGUAUUUAAAGAUUAUCACUCUGUUAACUUGCACUUCGAUGCAAGAAGGUUUCCAAUAAGUCUUCUCAGACAAAAAUUAAACUUUACAUUAUUGUAGACUUGCAUGGUUUGCGACUUUUAACCUUGAUAUUUAUAUUAAUAUGUAGGUCUUUUUUUUUCAAGGAUAUCUGGAAGAACUAUUGAAAUAGUUUUAAUUGUGUUGAAGACUACUCUUACCCCGUUCCUCUGAACCUGUUCUAUUGUUGAUUUGUAUUUUGUAUCCCUCAUAUUUGGUACAUCUUUGGUGGGCUUGUUCCAAAUGUUAAUACAGUGGAACUCGGAUUCAACAAGAACUCGGAUUCAACGAGAGGAGAUAGAUUACCCGUUUUUUUUCCUUCU